UAUUGUUUAUUAUUUAUUAUUUGGCCCACAUUAUCACAUCUGCCAUCUGCCAUCUGCCAUGGGUAGACUUGGUUUGAUACAACGAGGCGGGCAGCGCCGCUGGGUUCCCACCACCGUACGAUCCCGGCUGGCAACGCCAGGCCCAGGGCAACAAUUCGCGCUGUCGAUUUCUUCUAUCCCCUGCUAUCGAGAUAUCGACUGACGGGAUUCGGGUUGGGUUCCGCCCCCUUUCCAAUUGCGCUUGCGUGUAUCCAACACGAGCUACUCACCAACGGCAUAUCGAUCGACCAAUACGCCAACCCCUAACAUCGAUUUGUGUGUGCCAAGAGCGCUACCAUGUAGCUAGCAACCUGGAGCGCGGGGAUUCCCGAUACGACUUGAGCUGCUCUCGCUGUCGCUGCCAUUGGCCUGAACCUCUGCGGUUGAUGCGGUUUGUCAGAAUAUUCAGCACACCACCCGCUUAUUAACGGUAACCAUGCCGUCGCCGUAGGAUCGGGCCGAGAUCGUCAGGCGGACGAUGUGCACACUGGCCGCGAAAUUUUUCUCAAAAAGAGAGCAAGUUGUUGCGUUGUUAUCUUGUGUUGAUACGUCGAUCCUCUCGGUUCUUCCUGCCCCCAUUGUCAGCAUGUCAGACCGCGCUCCGGAACAGGCGAGCACCUCCAAGGACCAGGUCUCUCAUGGCCGAACUUCCCAGGAGCGGAAAUCACCAGGUCCGUCGCCGGAAGGGCUUCUUCCAGCUCAGCACUGGACACAACUAGAAGAGGUUCGCGAUGAGGAUGCGGAUGACACCGAUUCGGCACUUGGCGACAACGCCAGCUCGACGGCCAGCCUGACGUCGUCCAUCCUCGAGUACCGGACGAUACUCGGACGAUCAUUUCACAGCGAGCGCGGGAACGCCCAAUAUUGGGGAUCCAUCGAUGCGGAGCAGAAUGAGGCGAUGGAUAUCAACCAUCAUGUGCAAACCCUGUUGCUGGACGGGAAGCUCCAUCUGGCUCCUCUAGAUAACGUCGAGAGAGUUGUCGAUAUCGGCACGGGAACAGGUCUCUGGGCUAUCGAUUUCGCGGACGAACACCCAAACGCAACCAUUAUCGGCACCGACGUCUCACCGAUCCAACCCAGUUGGGUACCGCCGAACGUACAAUUUCAGAUCGACGAUUGUACCCAGGAGUGGACGUUCGCGGAGAACUCCAUGGACUACGUGCACAUGCGGUGGCUCGUCGGCAGCAUCCAGGACUGGACGGCGCUUCUCAAGCAGGCCUACCGCUGCCUCAAGCCCGGUGGCUAUAUAGAGAGCCACGAGACUUCGGCGAACAUCCUGAGCGAUGACGGAUCCGUUCACGACCAGACGGCCAUGGGUCAAUGGGGAAAGAUCUUCAUCGAGGGUGGUCGGAAACUCGGCAGGCCGUUCACGGUCGUGGAGGACGCGAUUCAGGAAAAAGCGAUGGAGGCGGCUGGCUUCGUCGAUAUCAGGGCUACUUCACUCAAGUGUCCUAUCGGCGCGUGGCCUAAGGAUGAGAGGCUGAGAGAGGUGGGUAAGUAUAUGUAUCUGGCACUUACCGAAGACAUCGAGGGCUCGGUGGUUUUCAUGGCCAACCUGCUGGGCUGGAAGAAAGAAGAGGUGUUUGUGUACGCCGCCCAUCUAAGACGCGAGUUGGCCUCGAAUAAGUUCCACCCUUACUAUCGGCAAAGCAUCCUGGUUGCGCGAAAGCCUGAAAGCAGCUCGAGAUGAGGAGGGGAGGCCUGCUCGUACCUACGUGAUGAGGGUUAGCGGGGGGGGUGUGAGAGAAGAAGCGUGGCGUUGCUUAUAUGUAUAUGAUUGGGAUUGAUUCUAUGGUCCGCCUCGCUAGGUGGAAUCUAAUAAGAGUUACAAUAGCGGUAAGAAGAGUUCAUGACGCAGGGCGCGACAAGUCGAGAGAGGGGGGGGGGAGAUAAAGGGAGUCCCUCGAAUAUCCCCGAUAGGCCGGCUUCUUCGGAUAGUUACACCACCUCAUCAUAUCCCCCUUUCUAGCAUGGUUUUAUCGCAUAGGCAUAUAUGAAGUAACGAAUUCGAUAUCAAUGUCAUCCUA